AACUGUCAAUGUCAAAAAUGGAGUUUGUUUUUGUGUGUGAUUUUGUUGUGACGACGAAAACGAGGGAAUAUAAUUAAGAUUACUGGGGAAUUCAAUUUAAGAAAGCUGCUAAUGGUCCAGCAUCUGCAAUUUUUUCCCCUCUAACAUAAUUUAUGAAACCUAGUAAUUACUACAAAGCACUAUGCGGUUUAAAGAUCUACUGACACAAUCGAUGAGACACCGCAGUCCAACUUUUAGUAAAAAUGAAGUCAAAACUUUAUUGGAACUUAUAGAUAAAUAUAAAACAGUAUUGUUAAAUAAAUCAAGUAAUACCACUGCCUGCCAUGCAAAAGAACUGACCUGGGCUAAAAUAACGAAAAUAUUCAAUUCUAAAGCAUUUGAACAUAAAAGAAGUAUGAGUUGUUUAAGAAUGAAAUGGGAUAAUCUUAAAAGAUUCGCUAAAAAAGCAUCUGAAAACUUACUUGAAGUUGGUGAUAGUGAUUUUGAUAGCCAAAUAGUGACUAUGCUAACUGAAGUGGAACAUAAUAAAAAUGUGACACCACUAACAAAGGACUCUGAGGAUGACGAAGAAUUGGAGGAAACAAAAGAAGACUUGGAGGAAAGAAAAGCAGACUUAGAGAAAUAUUGUGAUAACAAACAAGAUGAGGAUUCUCAGAUGUUUUCAGGAGGUGAAAAUGAUAAAAAGAGUGCCAAAUUUGCUACUCGGUCCAUGAACUUUACGGCACAUGAAUGCAGCCUACUUCUCAAGUGUAUAAGAGCCGAAAAAAGGAACAUAUUUUCAAAGGAAACUAACAGUGCUGCUCUCUGCUUAAAAAAUGAUGCUUGGAUUCGGGUUACAAAGAACUUUAAUAGACAAAGCCCAACUAAAAGAUCAGUGAAUAUGCUCCGAACAAAGUUUAGCAACAUGAAGAGAUCAUGUUCUAAAAACAUUGAUAUUUCCGCUGAUAAAAAUAAAUUUGUGAUACCAAAAUUGAUCAAAGAUGACAUACAGAAAAUAAAAAUAGAACCAACUUUUAAAGAAGAUAAAGAUGACAUCCAACAAAAUGAUGAAAGUGAACAAGACGAAGAUAUUUCUAGCAACCAUGGUCAAAAUUACGAAAACAAUGACAUAAAAAAUACAAACAAAACCGUAAACACCAAAGAAUCCCCUGAUCCGCUUAGUAUAAUCGUCAAAGAACCAGAAAUAGGAUUAAUGAAUAUUGAUACAAUUAGCAAUUCGAAUAACAAUGAAAUAACCAAACUAAAAUUGGAGAUACUGAAGUACCAAUUGGAAAAUGCAAAGUUAGAAAAGAAGAGGAUAGAAAAUGCUAUCCUUGCGGAGGCAACUAUAGCGGAGGCGAGAGCGACAGAGACAGAGCUACUUCUGCGAGCUGCGCGUUUGAAAGCGGUAGCGGCGGCUUCAAAGCUCCCUGAGGGACACCCUGCGUUACAAUACACGUCAGAAGAAACGCGUGCGCAGCGGUACAUCGAUAGCUGCCAUCAGACUUGAGACUUUAUUACUAAGGUACUAAUGAAUAUUAUCGUUUAAAAUGGCCUGGUGAUAUUGCCAAUUUGUUUUCAGUUACUUAAUUAUUACAUUAUAAUAAAACUGAAAAGACUGUUAUAAUUUAAGCACAAAUCAUAGAUAUGCAUUUGUUUAAAUCACAAAGUACUUUUCAUUUUGUUAGAGUCCUUAACUCUAUGUUAGUGAUAAUAUAAUUCUUAGGUCAUAAGUUAAUAAACACUUGCAGUGAAGUGAUUUAAAUGAAAAAAAUACUUGGGUUUCGUUAUAAAAUUAAACAAAAGACAUUAGAUACGAAAACUUUGUAUAUUUUACUUGAUUGCGUUUUACAAGAUGAUUAAAUUACAAUUCAAUAAAAAUUAUUAUUUUAAUAUGCAUUUGUACAAUUUCUCUAUACCUAACUAAACUACAACGUCUAUGAAAUAUAUUACACAUCACUAAUAUACAACAUGUUUUUACAUUGAUAUCAUAUCCUACAUUUAUCUACUUACGCCAUGUAUAAGUACAAAAUGUAGGUACGUACGUACAUACAUACAAUAACGCUAGUAAGUAGUAGAUAAACGUUAAGUAAAGACAAGCCACAAGUA